AUGUAUUCGUUAAGCAAGGCUUUCUUUUCUUUCAUAUCCAAGUUUGACGACAGUAGUAUGGACCCAAACACGCUGCUUUCAGGUGUGCCAGACUGUGUUUGGUCGUUCAACACCGAUUUCGCACAUAAUUCUAGAAAAAUUCCCAACGUGUUUAUUUGUAUCAUGACCUUUCUACAAGUUAAACUUGCUCAUAUGAGGUGUCUUGACUAG